CUGUACUCCUGUUUGGAACCAAAAGAUGUCCAAAUCCAAAAGAGGUUCCUAUUACUCUCUAGACCUUGAAAGAUCAACCAGUUCACACGUGAUUGUUAGUAUUACCAAGAAACAGCUUAAAAGACAGGAGUAAAUCAACAAGCAUGCUACAAUCUGCACCCAAUCUAAUCCCAAUCUUCUGAGCAGGUAGUCGUUUCGGUUGUUAAAAUAAAUAAAUAAAUAAAAGGGCUUAUUUUAAACUUUGUUACAGAGACUGAAGAAAGAAGAGGACUUUCGACCCUUCUUUCUUACACUUUUCUUCUGCUUUGCUUUGCUUUCUCUCAAAACAAACAAUCUUCUUCCCCAAUUCCAGAUCCAAAUUGCAAUAUUACUAUUAUAAAAAAGAUGGAGUCAUCGUCCACGAGUCAACCUGAGUUUGACUACUUGUUUAAGCUGUUAUUGAUUGGGGAUUCGGGUGUGGGGAAGAGUACUCUACUCUUGAGUUUCAUUUCUGAUACUUUUGAGGAACUCAAUCCUACCAUUGGUGUGGAUUUUAAGGUGAAGCAAGUAACUCUUGGAGGAAAAAAGCUGAAGCUUGCCAUUUGGGACACAGCUGGACAGGAAAGGUUUAGAACACUAACUAGUUCAUAUUACAGAGGAGCGCAAGGGAUAAUUAUGGUGUAUGAUGUUACACGGCGAGACACAUUUACAAAUCUAUCUGACAUAUGGGCUAAAGAAAUUGAUCUGUAUUCAACAAAUCAGGACUGCAUCAAGAUGCUUGUUGGCAAUAAAGUUGAUAAGGAAAGUGAAAGAGUUGUCAGCAAAAAAGAGGGCAUUGACUUUGCUCGGGAAUAUGGAUGCCUUUUCAUUGAGUGUAGUGCAAAAACACGAGUCAAUGUGGAACAUUGCUUUGAGGAGCUUGUCUUGAGGAUAUUGGAAACACCAAGUCUCUUGGCUGAGGGGUCAUCUGGAGUGAAAAAGAACAUCUUCAAACAGAAUCCUCCCCAAAAUGAUGCUUCAACAAAUAGUUGUUGCUCAUGUCAGCUUUGGGCUUUAAUCCAGAAUUUCCAUGAGAUGUGGUUUUACUGUUGGGUAGUUUUUCCUGCUUUUGGUUAUUCAGGUGCAAAUUUUGUUACGUGUCUUUUUAUCCUAAUAACAAAUCUGACGGACCCAUUCGCCGCCUCCUCCUCCUUUUCUCCGUCAGGUGGGGAUGCCGAUGUUGAGACUCUUCCUUCUUCACCUUCACUGGCUGACCCACCGCAACUCCCACCUUCAACCUUUGAACAACCGCUGCAACCGCCUCAUCCAGACGCUAUGAUAUCUUCUAGGGACCCCGGCGCCCUCUUCAGCGGUGGCGGCAUCAGCUUUCUUACUGGAAGUCAAACUGCUAAAUUCAGCUAUGGAUAUUCCAGUUUCAAGGGCAAAAGGCCUUCAAUGGAGGAUUUCUAUGAAACAAGGAUAUCUGAAGUUGAUGGUCAGAUGGUUGCCUUUUUUGGUGUUUUUGAUGGUCAUGGAGGUUCAGGAACUGCAGAGUAUCUUAAAAACAACCUUUUCAAAAAUUUGAGCUCCCACCCUGAUUUUAUCAACAACACAAAGACAGCUAUAUUUGAAGCAUUUAUACAAACUGAUGACGAUUACCUCAAUGAAGAGAAAGGCCAGCAAAAAAAUGCUGGUUCAACUGCAUCAACUGCUGUGUUAUUGGGUGAUCGGUUGUUUGUUGCAAACGUUGGUGAUUCUAGAGUGGUUGCCUGUAGAGCUGGAUCAGCUGUCCCUCUGUCUACUGAUCACAAGCCUGAUAGAUCUGAUGAACGCCAAAGGAUUGAAGAGGCUGGAGGUUUCAUCAUUUGGGCGGGUACAUGGCGGGUUGGUGGAGUUCUUGCUGUUUCUCGUGCAUUUGGCGAUAAACUACUUAAACCUUAUGUAGUUGCUGAGCCUGAAAUUCAGGAAGAAGAAAUUAACAGUGUAGAUUUCAUAAUCAUUGCAAGUGAUGGACUAUGGAAUGUCUUGUCAAAUCAGGAUGCUGUGGACUUAGUGCAGGACGUAACAGAUGCAGAAGCUGCAGCAAGAAAACUUAUAAAAGAAGCUUAUGUGCGAGGGAGCUCAGACAACAUUACCUGUGUAGUUGUCCGGUUUGACAGCUUGUGAACUUAUCGAGGUUUUGGAGACUAUCAAAUAGAAGAGAAGCCAGAAAAUAGGUGUUUCCAUGGAUUUUAGCUCCCUUUAGAUAUUGUUCUAGUUGAUUAGUGCAAGAGCUUUCAAGUCAAUUUGUUAUAAGUGACAAUGUGAUAUGUAUUUUAAGAUUUGGUUUGUUACAAUUACCUAGCAAUCAGCUAAUUUAUUAUUGAUCUUGCUUAAAGCAUUUGGAUGUUUUCAUAGUGAUAAUCACUUUCCCAGAGUUUGGACUUGAAAUUGGAAGUGAAAAUUCUUUUAA